AUGUUGUCGGUCAGGUACACGUCCCUUGUUGGGCUCAUCGGCCUCCUUACCACAGCUACAGCAGCGGCAGUGAGCGUUCGACAGACGUUCCCAGAGUCAAAAAUCUAUGAUUACAUCGUGGUGGGUGGAGGACUCAGCGGACUAGUAGUCGCCAAUCGCUUGACUGAAGAUGUAGAUGUCUUUGUUCUGGUCAUUGAGAAUGGCGCCAUCGACAACAGACCCACGACAAGCGUGCCUUACUUUGCCAACAUCAAUGCCGAGAACUAUUACACCAUCACGUCUGCGCCAGAGCCUUUCAUGCAGAACAAGACUUGGAUGGUGCAUGUAGGCAAUGUUGUUGGCGGUGGCUCGGUGGUCAACGGGAUGCAGUGGGAUAGAGGCUCCGACGCAGACUAUGAUGCAUGGGAGCAGCUAGGGAAUCCGGGAUGGGGGUAUGAAGGCCUCGCGAAGUACUUCAAAAAGUCUACUCAUUUUGAUGGCCCUUCGGAGGCAGUCCGCCAGCACUUCAACAUGACCUUCGAUGCCAACGCAUACGGUGACGGUCCAGUCAAAGUAUCUAUACCCAACUACCAAUACGAAGACUACGUCGACAUCAUGGGAUCGUUCGUAUCCAGAACCGACAUCCCUCACUCACCCGAAGGUCUCACUAGACCCAUCGGAACGUUCUGGACGCCGAAUUCCAUUGACAAUUCCACCAAGCAGCGCAGCCAUGCUCGCAGAGCAUACUACGACCCAGUUCAAACACGAAGGAACUUGCGUCUUAUGACCAAUACCCACGUGGACGAGAUAUUGUUCAAGAACGGUACUACGCUCGCGGCGAGUGGUGUUAAGUAUACGUCGAACGCCGACUUCUCGACCGCAUCGGUCUUUGCGAAGAAAGAGGUUAUACUUGCAGCCGGAGGCGUGUUCACACCGCAUCUGCUUAUGCUGUCGGGCAUUGGUCCGAAGGAUGAACUAUCUGCUGCUGAGAUUGCUGUGAAGAAAGACCUUCCGGCUGUUGGCUCGAAUUUCCAGGAUCACCAAGCCUUGUACAUGCGCUUCAACCUCUCGAACCAGUCCAUUCCCAAUCCCGACAUGCUUGUCACAACACCUGAUCCAGCCUUCAACGCCACAGCUGCCGAGCUGUACGGAGCUAACCGUACAGGUCCAUGGACCUUUGGACGAGGCAAUGCCGCGCUCUUUCUUGCCUUCAAGGAUUUCUCGGACAAGUACGCCGACAUAACCGCCCUCAUCUCUGAGCAAAAUGCCACUACCUACCUACCACGACGCUAUUCGAAGAUCGAUACCUUGCUGAAGGGCUUUAUGGCACAGCGCAAGAUUCUUAUCGAGCACUACCUCUCCGACGACGCGGCUACAGGUGAAUACCCGAUUCAACCCUGGGGUCGCGCAACAACUGCAGUGCAGAAACCUCUCUCGCGCGGUAUGCUGACCCUUAACACCACGCACCCAUCUGCAAAUCCGAUCGUUGUCCGGAACGCAUUCCAGAACCCAGUCGAUAAAUUAGUACUUGGCGAGCUCGUGCGCUGGAACAGAAAGCAUUGGACCACCGCACCCCUGCUGCAGCGCUAUGCGCCCGUCGAAACCGUGCCGGGCGCACAAUAUCAGACCGACGACGAGAUCUUUGACGCGAGCAUCAAGGCUGCUGCUUUGGAUCCGACGUAUGCGCAUUCGAGCGGCGCAUGUGCGCUGAUGCCAGAAGAGUUGGGUGGAUGUGUCGAUCCGCAGUUGAGAGUCUAUGGUGUAGAUGGAUUGAGGGUGGUGGACGCGAGUAUUCUUCCGUUGAUACCAGCGGCGCACUUGCAGGCAACGAUGUAUGCUGUUGCGGAGAAGGCUGCGGACAUCAUCAAAGGAGUUUGA